AUGCCGAACAGCAAAACCCCUUACGACGUGAUUAUCAUUGGUGCCGGCGUCGCAGGCUGCUCUCUCGCUCAUGCUUUGGCUUCUACUCCUCGCAAAGAGCCCCUCAGAAUAGCUCUCGUUGAACGUUCAUUGGAGGAGCCGGAUCGUAUUGUCGGCGAACUACUGCAACCGGGUGGUGUCAUGUCUUUGCAACAGCUCGGUCUCGAACAUUGUUUAGAGGAAAUAGACUCUAUCCCUGUCCACGGAUACUGUGUAACCGAGAAGGAGAAAAUUGUCCAUAUUCCAUAUCCUGCAGGGCACAAAGGACGGAGCUUUCACCACGGGAAAUUCAUCACCAACCUACGAAAUGCUGCGAAGAAGGCAAAGGGAGUAGAUGUUAUCGAAGCUACCGUAAACGACCUCAUAGAAUCCGACCAGAGGAUCAUUGGCGUGGCUGCGACGAAGAAGAAUGCGACAGACAACGAAAAGAUCUCUCUUUAUGCUCAUUUGGUCAUCGUUGCGGACGGUUGUUUCUCGAAUUUCCGUACCAAGGUCAUGGGUCCUCGAGUUUGCAAUCCAGUGACAAAAAGUUAUUUCGUUGGUGUAAUUCUCAACGAUGCGACUCUGCCCUACCAAUAUCACGGAACUGUAUGCCUUACAGAGUCGGCUGGCCCAGUCCUAUUAUACCAAAUUGGUACACACGAUACCCGAAUGCUCGUCGAUGUCAAAGCUCCUGUUCCUUCUGACCUGAAAAGCCAUAUCUUGGAAAAAGUUGUUCCCCAACUUCCAUCUUCCCUUCGAACCUCAGUCACCGACGCCUUACAGGAAGGCAACCUCCGCAAAAUGCCCAACUCCUUCCUUCCUUCCGUCAUGCAAGGCGGAAACGAAUUUGGGACCAAGGAAGGAGUCUUUCUCGUUGGUGAUGCAUGGAAUAUGCGUCAUCCCCUCACUGGUGGUGGUAUGACCGUCGCGUUCAAUGAUAUCGUCAUUCUUCGUGAUAUACUCGCUCAAGUUGGGGAUUUCUCGCGUUGGGAUGAGAUAAGAGAAGGAUUACGUCGAUGGCACUGGGAUCGGAAGUCUUUAGCUUCCACAGUCAACAUUCUAAGCGUCGCAUUAUACGAUCUGUUCGGAGCCAACGAUGACAAUCUUGAAGUCCUGAGGACAGGCUGCUUCAAAUAUUUCGAACUCGGUGGCGAAUGCGUCAACGGACCUGUCUCCCUUCUUGCCGCUGUUAUCCAAUCUCCUGCUACCCUUUUCUACCAUUUCUUUUCCGUCGCCUUUUACUCUAUCUGGGUGAUGUUCACUCACCCGCGCCUUCUUGAGCGAGCCCCUGGAUCAAAACCUCGAUUAAUUGCACCAAGCCUCGCCCAGUACCCCUUCUUAUUUGCGAAAGCUAUUAUCGUGAUCUGGACAGCAAUUCUCGUGUUCGUGCCUUUGCUUUGGACUGAGAUUCGUUGGUGGUCUCCGGACGACAAAAAUGCACGGGCAACAGUACUUUUUCGGUACGGAAUGCCAGUUGCUGCACUAGCUACGGUAGCAUUCGGGGCAUUUCGUUUAACCAUUUAG